AUGACUUCGAAAUCGUGUACGGGCUCGGAUCCACAUGUCACUAGAAGACUUUGUGCAACUCUUAUGUGUCUUAUUGGGAUCCUGUGUAUUUGCGCAGGUUAUUUAUUCGGUCGAAUGGCACGUAACGAAGUGAGACGGGGUAACGACAUAAUUUCAAGCAAUUUGACAAUAGCUGCCGACAAGUUGUUCAGAAAAGCAAAACGGAUCUCGCCAAAAGCUGUCCAUCACAACGAUCCGGGGAAAAUGACCCUGAAAAUUUUGGAUAUAUUCCAUUGCGAGCCGAACGACUGUGGCUCUGUAGCCAAUGACAACGUAGCAGACUUCAUAAAAACCUCAAUAAAUUACGAAGUAAAUAAAUUAAUUAGGUCAAUAUACAACGCCUCUCUAUAUCUCGAUUCGUUGAGGUGA